UAACGCGCUCCUCGCGCCUUGUAUCAUUCGUACGGGCAAAGUUGCUUUUUUUCUCCGUGUGAUUUGGUGCUUCUCCUGUUCGCGGCUGGAUUGUCAUGGUGCUGAUGCGCGAGCGACUUUUUGAUAAGCUGCCGCGAGACUUCGCAGCAGUCACGGCUGCUCUCGAUGCCCGACUGUGUUAGGCCAGACGAGACGGUUGCAAUCGCGAACCUUGGCGUUUGUCGAAGUCUCCCUAUUUUUAAUGACGUGCCGUUCGCGAAAUGGAGAUAGAUCGAGCCGAUUCGUUGGAAUUUCUAUUGUUCGCGACGAGUGGCGUGCGAGCGCAGCUAGCAAUGAGAAUAAAGUGAAUUAGUUUUGACGGGCGUUCGAGUGCGUCCACGAGCAAUCGCGUCGCGUCCAUAAUGGAAAACAAUGCCGACAAACGAAAAAGCCAGUUUCGCAGAGCAAUAAUCGAUGUUCGACGGUAUACGCAUGUCGUACGGUUAGACGGGCAUUAGUCAGCCGCGAAAAGCAGAUGCCGGAAAGACCUCGACCUAAUGAGAUGUCGCGCGCACGCGGCCUGAUCGGACGCGCGUUAUCAUUCGCAAGCGCUCAUCAUGCGAAAUGCUCGUGGAACGAAAAUAAAAAGGAACGACGGAAUUUCGGGAAGAGCCGCUCUAUAGGAAAAAGAACGAAGAGAGGAGCUUUUAAAAAUAGGAUGCGCGAGAGAACGGUGCACGCCAGCUAUAUUUCUUCGAUCGCGCACGCGCAAGCUCUGCCGUUUUUUCGCCUACGGCCAAAUUGAAUUUGGCUAGGCCCAAUCGCGUCCCCCGCACAAAUGUUUAGCCUUCUCGCACUGUUCUCGCGCUGUUCUCUCACUGAGAUCCGCGCACUGGAUACAUACUAGCUCGCGUUACGCCGAGGUUACGGCUGCAGAGUGGACGGCAAUCGGCCACAUCGCCAUUGCUCGAACCCUCGGGCCGGCCGCGGCCGAGUUUGCUCUUUUGCACGGUCGCCGUUGCGUCGCUCAAUAGACCAUUGAAAAACACAGAAGCACAUAGACGCACGUCCUCUCCGAGAAGCCGGCGACGCGCGCACACCUACGUCGACUUAGGUCGAUUCUUGCAGCGGGCCGAAAAGCCUCGCCUGGUACCCGGACCAAUAUCCAGUGAAUCGAGGCGCGCUUUCGAGUGGAAAGUCGAUCGCAUCGCGAUUGAACGCGAGUCUACUCGGCAAUUGGAUUGCUUUUGGAAUAGCCGAGUCGGACGCGCGGACAGCGACAGCUCGGUUGCGUAUUACGCAAAGGCAGCCGCUCCGCCGUGAAAAGAUUCGACGCCGAGGUGGCGCAGCGCGCGGAUGCUUAUCAGAAAGAAUGCACCGUCAGCAGCGAUGAACUUGGGCGCCAAGACGGAGGCGACGAGGGCGCGCGACGAUUCGGUAAUCCGUCGUCGUGGCAAGUCCCGCGUGUCGACGCUCCUGCAGCGCAUCUCGUGGUGCGGCUGCGGGGCGGACUCGUCGCGAGUAGCGAGUCGUCCCAGGUCGCCGAACCUCGGCGCUCAGGCUACCUGGCGCUCGGGCUUGGUCGGCGUCGAGCCCACUUCCGGCGCCGCGACCUCUCUCCCGUCCGGUACGCCCGACCAGCCGUGCACGGCGCUUCGCAGCGACGUCGGCGAGCACUUUGAUUUGUCGUCGAUCAAAUUUAUCGACGAGGACGAGGACGAGGACGAGGACGACGAGGACAAGCUCACCGCCGAGCACACUGCCGAUAGCGAUGAAGUGUUGGAUGGGCCGAACAGCGGUGGCAUCGAGGACGCCUGGGUGAUCGCCGUCGAGAGAGGCGCGAGAGAACGUCUGAAAAGGUUGACUGCCGACAGGAAAAUCAGGCCCCGAGAUAUCCAGGCGAUAUUGCAUCAACAGUUCGAAGGUGGAGCCUCGACGAGCAAGGAGCACGCCACGGCCAAAGAUGCGACGAGCAGCGAGAUCACGGUGACACUCUCCGACAAGGACGCUGGGCUCUACCCGACGAGCAAGCUCAGCAACGGCACUGUUCCCAAGGGCGUCGGCGAGCACAGAAGCGCACUCGAGAAGCAGCAGAGCUGCCCCGAAGAUUCGGACCUUCAGGUGUCCGGUCUGCAGGUGGACGGCGUGCGAGCAAGCGAGCGUCGAGCCUCGAGCCCAUUCCAGAAUGGUCGUACGGAGGUGCUGAUCGGGGAACCGGAGGGUGGCCCGCGCUCGCCCCGGGGCUCCACAUCCUCGGCCGUCAAUGACGCUGGGCCUGACGACGAGCCCAUAGUCAGGUCACGAAAUCGGCCGAACAGUGGCGUGGCAGGCGUGCCGUCCGGCGUGCACCAGCAUCAGCAGCAGGUUGGCGGGGUUGCGGUCGAUCUAGGCAAAGUCGAGUCCGUGGGUCCCGAUGAGAUGUGGGCCCCGGGCUCGGGCCAUCACCGCGAGCUACCCGUCGACGUGCCCGACACGCUCCUCCAGCAGGCCUACCCCAACAACAACAAGGUAAUAAUAGCCAUGCCCCAACGGGCCGAGCCGCAAUCGCCAAACCCACGCCCGCCAAUCCCCAUUCCCCCCGUCGUCAGUCCCGAAGACCUGCAUCUCCACUUCGAGGACGACUUGGCUCGGCAUGACGGCGACGACGGCGACGACGACGACGACGACGACGACGACGGCGACGACGGCGACGAGGACGAGGACGAGGGCGAUCGCCACGAUCCCGUCAUCGCCAACGAGCGGAGGAUCGAGCUGGAUAUCGUGGAUCUUGACAAUCCGUUCGGCGACGAGGAGGACUUGACUGGUCACAAGGAGUCGAGCGUCGACGCGGACGAGGAUUAUCCGUUCGCCAAAGAGGAUUAUCCGACGAUGCUCAAGACCUGCAGCGACGACUCGGCCAGCCCGAGAAGUAGUUCCGGCAGAUCCGACAGCACGGCGCCCAUGGACAGCAGUCUGGUGCUGAGCAGCGCUACGAACAACGGCACCGCCUUCGACAAUCCCGCUUACGGCAUGACGGACGAGGUCGCCUUGCUCAUCGACGGACAAGACUCGAGCAAGCCGAACGCUCGCAAGCCGGCGCUCGAGAUCAGCGUCGACAGGAAGGCCUCCAACACGCCGAGCAACAGCACGCCCAAGAAGAAGAAGCGCCAGAGCGCGAGGAUCGGCGCCCCGGAGGCCGAGGAACUGCUUCGCGUCGGAUCCGCCGACGAGCUGUUGGGCGUGCAAUUGUCCUCCAUGCCGAGAGUCCGCAAGAAGAAGCAGCACUCGUCCAGCGGCUACUCGACGCUGAGAAGCGAUGCUUCCAACGAUUACGACCAAGUCGAUCACGCGUCCUUCCUCGUCGUCGGCGGCAGUUAUCGCGAAGUGGCGGUCGAUUGCCCGGCCGAUUUCGUGCCGGUGACGAAAAGCCAUCCCGUGUAUCCGCCACCGCAACCCACAAAAAAACGACUCCCCACCAACGCCAACACCACCACGCCCAGUAAAAAGGCCGGACUGAAUGGCGUCAAGCCGGCAAUUCCGCCUAGGGAUCAAAAGCGAGCGCCAGCAAGGCCACCGAAAGAUAACUUGCGUUUGUCCACGGCGAUCUCACCCAACAACAACAUCGAGGAGCCUGUCGCCGCAGUCGUCGAGCCACACAAGACUGAGCCUACCGAAAAGGAACUGUCAUCUAUCAAGAAGUUUCAGGAACAAAUACGAAAGCGAAAAGAUGAGGAGGAGCAGCAAGAGAUUCUCAAGCGGUCGCUACGCGGCUCGCGCAAGCUGCAGCUGCUGGAGAGCCACGCGACAACGCUGGCCGGCCAGGAGAAUCUGGCCUACGCUCAAGACGAGCCGCCCGCCGUAGCGACCAGCCUCAGGUCGGCCGCCAGCGCGGCGUCGCACGCUGCGGACACUGACGAGCCAGCGCGAUCGCUCACCUACGGCGAAGUGGUGGCCACGCUCGAGAGGCUUCAGCUGCAGCUACGAAACAUCAGCGGCAGCUUGGGCAUAUCGGGUCCGGGAGUCGAAGCCGAAAUCGAAGCUGUGAGGACGCUGCUUGGACAGAAGCGAUUCGCCAAUGCGCUGUCGACGCACCACGCGAUCAAGGCCAAGCUGCGCUCUGGCAAGAGCUUGAAACUUCACACGGACGACGCGUCCAGUCUCGCCAGAGAUUGCGUGGAGGUGCUGGAGCAAUGGACACAGGCAGCAGCAGCCGCGUCGGCAGCCAGCCAAGGCGAGAACAUCGCCGCGGCGGAGGAGCUCGUGGGCCUGCUCACCAGCUACGAGAUGGAAGGCUUGCUAAUCGCCCACGACUCGGCGGUGGUGCGCGUCGAGGGCUUGCAGCGCAAACCGAGCUCGCCAGGUGCGCACGGAAGCUCGCCGUCGCCCUCGCCCUCGCCGUCGCCGAGCUCCAAGGACUCGCGGUUGGCUGACAACAUCAAGAUUAUCAGGAUCGAGAAAACCAACGAGCCGCUUGGCGCUACCGUGAGGAACGAGGGCGACGCCGUUAUCAUCGGUCGCGUGGUGCGAGGUGGCGCGGCAGACAAGUCGGGUCUGCUGCACGAAGGCGACGAGGUGCUGGAGGUGAACGGCGUGGAGAUGCGCGGCAAGAGCGUGAACGAGGUCUGCGACAUACUCGCCGGUAUGCAGGGCAGCCUCACCUUCCUCAUACUUCCCGCGCCCACGCAGAGGAACAGCAGCCGCAAGGAGGACGCUCAGCAGGUAGGCCCACGCGAUCUCGCGCGAUUCCACGCGACGCGCUUGACAGUUACAGUAAGCGAGCCCAACGCCCAUUUUCAGAUCCACAACGUGAGAGCCCAUUUCGAUUACGACCCGGAGGAGGACCCCUACAUCCCGUGUCGAGAGCUCGGCGUUAGCUUUCAGAAGGGCGACGUUCUGCACGUGAUUUCGCAGGAGGAUCCAAACUGGUGGCAGGCUUACCGAGAGGGCGAAGAAGACCAAGCGCUCGCCGGCUUGAUACCCAGCAGAGCGUUCCAGCAUCAGCGCGAAUCGAUGAAGCAGACAAUAGCUGGUGACAAAUCGACGGUGCGCGGAACGAAGAAAUCCAGCACUCUGCUGUGCGCCAGAAAGAAUCCAAAGAAAAAGAAGAGGGGCAAAUUCGGCAAUCUCAACGACGACGGCUAUCCUCUUUACGCGACCUCCUUGAUCGACGAUUACGACAGCGAGGAAGUGCUAACGUACGAAGAAGUGGCCUUAUACUAUCCCAGGGCCAACCACAAAAGGCCCAUAGUGUUGAUCGGUCCGCCCAAUAUCGGUAGGCACGAGCUUCGCCAGCGAUUGAUGCAAGACAGCGAAAAGUUUGCAGCUGCAAUUCCCCACACGAGUCGACCGCGAAAGGACACAGAAGUGGACGGCCAGGACUAUCACUUCAUAUCGCGGCAGCAAUUCGAGUCGGAUAUCCUGUGCCGUAAAUUCGUGGAACACGGCGAGUACGAAAAAGCUUAUUAUGGCACAUCGGUCGAGGCCAUACGUACGGUCGUGAAUAGCGGUAAAAUUUGCGUGCUAAACUUGCACCCGCAAUCCUUAAAAAUACUUCGCAAUUCCGAUCUGAAACCAUACGUCGUGUUCGUCGCGCCACCGAGUCUCGAGAAGUUGAAGCAGAAGAGGAUAAAGAACAACGAGGCCUACAAAGAAGAAGAGCUCAAAGAUAUUAUCGAGAAAGCACGAGAAAUGGAAGAUAAGUAUGGCCAUUUGUUCGACAUGAUCAUUAUCAACAAUGACACCGAUCGGGCAUACAAUCAACUGCUCUCCGAGAUCAACUCGCUCGAACGCGAACCCCAAUGGGUACCUGCCUCCUGGGUGCAGUAGACACACACCCACACUAGCGCUCAGUUAUUUUUGCAUAACUUGCGCCAAGAACAUUGAUCGACGACAGCAAACAAUUGUGCGCGUGUGUGUGGUGUACGUAUGUGUGCGUGUGUGUGCGUGUGCGUGCGUGUGCGUGCGCGUGUGUGUGUGUGUGCGUGUGUAUGUGAAAGAAAACGCAUAUACUUAUAUAUAAUUUUAGACACGUUACUCACGGGUGUUUUUUUCUUCUUUUUUUUACUACUCCAGAGUAAUUGUAUAUAUUCGUACGUAGGCAAUGUUUCAUGGGUUACAACGCGACUGUUGAUAAUGUUUAUUGUAAUCUAUAUUUCUAUUUUUAUUAGACCAUAGACGAUUGUACUUAAUUUACUUUAUUUGGAUAACAAUAAAAUGUAUAUGUGUUACGAAGUGACGAAUUAUUGUUUACUUUUCGAAUAAUUAUGAGUUUCUUCACGGCAAUUAUUCCUUUCUUUAAUAACGAUAAACCGGUUGAUCUUUCGUAAGAGUAGCGUAUUGUUGUGUGAAGUACGAAUGAAAAACGAGACAUUCAUAUAAAAGAUACACAUAUUCUAAAUCGAAAGUUUCAAUUAUCGAUAUAAUGCACUUUUAAGAUUGUCAAAGUGAAAUUUUACGAUGUCAUUGUUGAAGUUUACAAGAUACAAAUUACAGUACUAAAUUAACUGUUCGUUACACAUAAGUUUCAGAGUUUUAUCCUUAAGUAUUUCCGUUCAAAGUUUAAUUGUAAGGAUUUUUCUAUUGUUUAUUAUGAAAAAUCGUUGAAUUUUUCCGAAGGAAAGCAAAAAUGACUUUACAUGCAUUUUACUGAUGAAGUAUUAAAUUUAUAACAAACAAAUUAAGAUGAAUUAUGUACAAGCUAGAAAAAUUACCGAGGAAAAAAAUUUAUUAAGCGAGUGGCAGAUAACUAAUUAUUGAAUAAUAAGCUAACUCGUGAUUGUUUAGAUGAACAGAAGUAAACUCAGAAGUCGGUAAAAUAACUAUAAAAAAUUAACUUAGACUCAAUAGUCGUGACUAUGUUGCUUAAACUCAAAUCACGUAUACAGAAUGCAAAGUAAAAAUAGUUUCAAUCGAAGAACAAAAAAAUGUACUCAUACUUUUUUUUCAGCAUGCUUGAUAAAGAAAGAAACAAUUUACAAAUAAACACAUAUUGUACGUUUCAAACUCAUCUCUUCGAGCGGUGCGAAGAUACUUUGACACUGCUGUUUAUCACCGCUGAUACGUCCAUUUCGUCCAUAAUUUUUUAUCAUUUAUUUAAUUUCUAAAUCUAAGCGACCGAUAAAAAUGUUACAUGUAUUUACAGAUGACACAAAGUUCUGUUUUGAAGAAAAAAUUUUGUAAUUUAACAAAAGCAAUCGAAUUGCGCACUGUAACAUCAACAAACUAUAACAAAUACGCUAUAUCUGCAUUGGGUUUUAUACGUUGUUAAAGGUAAUCAAAAUAAUUAUAAUAAUAAAACUCGAGAGAUUGUUCAAGGGAUUUUUUCUUACAGUGCUCAGUUCGAUGAGAAGCCCAUUUACGAAGAAGGCUCGAUUUUUGCAACUAAAUUUUUACAAUAUACUUGAUACUAUAUUCUGUAAAGCAGAGAUAACAAACAAAGGCAAACGAAAGUGAAAAAAACAGCCGUAUAUAUUAUAGGCAGUAGUGCUCGAGAUGAAAGCUAAAAAUAAAGAAAAAAAGGAAAUGAGACUCGUUGUGCCAAUAAUAUUUACCGUUACGAUAAGCCAGAGAAAGGACUGCGAAUUAGAAAAAAAAAUUAAACAAGUAUAUUAUAAAUAUAAACGAAUGUGCCAAAACGGAGAUAAAAAGGGGACUUGAGAGUUUUCUGAAAAAAAAAGAACGCGCUCAAACGGCACCGUACGAUGUAGAAUACGCCAUAACUGUUUAUGUAAAUAUCUGUGCAAUUGUAUAGAAAAGAGUAAUGCAGAGUUAUAUAUUAGGCAUUAAUUUUGUGAGGCUUCCUUUCUUGAGACCGAACUAACUCUUCUCUCUCAGUCUAAGUUUGCUUUCGAGACCUCUUUAUUUCUAUUUAUGUAUUAUUAUCGUCAACUUAAUCAUAUAAUUUUUAGCGAAUGGAAUGAAUAAUAUGUAUAGCUGUACACGUAAGUCUGCAUUGCGAUUCGCUAAUUUUUCGAAGAGUUUGCUUGGUCUCAAUCUAGUUGCAUUAUCAUUAAAAAACUAUUAUUGUGAUUACCUUCACCAUUUAUUGAAUUAUCAAUCGUAUUCCUAAGAGAUUACAGAGAAAAAAAAUUAAAAGGUGUGUGCAUUAACUAUUAUUGAUAUUGAUUUUAUGUGUAAUAUAAGCGUGCAACAUUCAAUGAAAUAAAACACUAAUUAAAUAACAAGAAAAGAUAUAUAGAAACAGAGUUGUAUAUAAUAAACAGAAGAAAACGUAUACCUAUAUUAUACGCACAUCAAUGGAGGUAUGGAGACAUAAAAAAAAAUAAACAAUCAUAGUUGUCUCAUGGCGAACGUAAUCGAAUCUCAUCGACGUCCAAAUAAUUUUAUUAAUUUCUCGUCUUGCGUUGACGUCACCGUCGAACCCAUCGCGUCGUCUAUGAUAUUUCACACGCAAAAUAAUAGAAAAAGAACUUGCGACAAUAUAUCAAAAGAAGACGAAAACGCGGAAGGAUGUACGCAUCGAAACGGGUGUUCGACGGCAAUGCCGAACGUGAUAUAUUUCUCGUAUUAAUACACGUGUCGAAAAAAAAUAAUCUAAGUAGCAAUAACGAAUGUCCAUUGUUCGUUCAACAUGCCAUAUGACGCAGAAGAAAAAAAUAACGCAACAAAAAAAGUAAAGAAAAAAGCGAGUUUCAAAGGUCCAGCGGGCACGUGAAAAAAAAUAAAGGAAAAUAUAACGUUUAGGAUCGAUGGUGAAUUAAUGCUCGCGUCUCGGAAUUGAAUCGCAUGAUACAUAAGAUAAACAAAUAUGGUAGAUACAAAGAUAAACAAUAAGGUAAAUUGAAUAUAUAAGAUAUAUAAAUAAAAAAUCGUAGAGAGAGAGCGAGUAAGAGAGCAUAUGAUUGUUGUUUUCAAAAUAUAUACAUAGAACGGAGCGAGAAAGAGCGAUCGAAAAAGUAUGUAUGUGUGAUGCGAGAGUGCGGGACGGUGGUUCAUUUUCGAGACGAUCGCGAUUUGUAGGUGAAAAAUUCUGAAAUGGG